UCGGCAAGAUGUCGGUGAAGGAGGGUGUGCAGCGCAAGUGGGCGGCACUCAAAGAGAAGCUGGGGCCACAGGACUCGGACCCCACGGAGGCCAACCUGGAGAGCGCGGACCCCGAGCUGUGCAUCCGGCUGCUGCAGAUGCCGUCCGUGGUCAACUACUCGGGCCUGCGCAAGCGCCUGGAGAGCAGCGACGGCGGCUGGAUGGUGCAGUUCCUGGAGCAGAGCGGCCUGGACCUGCUGCUCGAGGCCCUGGCGCGCCUGUCCGGCCGCGGGGUGGCCCGCAUCGCCGAUGCCCUGCUGCAGCUCACCUGCGUCAGCUGCGUGCGAGCCGUCAUGAACUCGCAGCAGGGCAUUGAGUACAUCCUCAGCAACCAGGCCUACGUGCGCCAGCUGUCCCUGGCUCUGGACACAUCCAACGUGAUGGUCAAGAAGCAGGUAUUUGAGCUGCUGGCUGCCCUGUGCAUCUACUCCCCUGAGGGCCACGGGCUGACCCUGGACGCCCUGGACCACUACAAGACGGUGCGCAGCCAACAGUACCGCUUCAGCGUCAUCAUGAACGAGCUCUCAGACAGCGACAAUGUGCCCUAUGUUGUCACCCUGCUCAGCGUGGUCAACGCCAUCAUCCUGGGCCCCGAGGACCUCCGCACCCGCACCCAGCUGCGCGGGGAGUUCACGGGGUUGCAGCUGCUGGACAUUCUGACGCGGCUACGGGACCUGGAGGACGCCGACCUGCUGAUCCAGCUGGAGGCCUUCGAGGAGGCCAAGGCCGAGGACGAGGAGGAGCUCCUGCGCAUCUGCGGGGGCGUCAACAUGACUAGCCAUCAGGAGGUCUUCGCGUCUCUGUUCCACAAGGUGAGCUGCUCCCCGGCAUCUGCCCGGCUGCUGUCCGUGCUGCAGGGUCUCCUGUACCUGGAGCCCACCCUGCCCUCCAGCCAGCUGCUCUGGGAGGCCCUGGAGAACCUGGUGAACCGGGCUGUGCUCCUGGCCAGUGAUGUCCAGGAGUGCACCCUGGAGGAGAUGGUAGAGCGGCUCCUGUCCGUCAAGGGGCGGCCACGCCCGAGUUCCCUGAACAAGGCCCACAAGAGUGUCCAGGCCGACCUAGGCCAGAGCCGGAAGGACAGCGCACCCCAAAACAGUGGCUCCCUUAAGGCGGGUGUGGAGGAGCAGCAGCCGGAGGCCGGGCUCAGCGGUCUGCACCUCACCGUGCAGAGGGCGAACAGCUCUGUGGCCCCACAGCUGCAGAAACCCGCCCCAGUCCCACCGGCUCCCCCGCUCCCCGGCUCCUCCCAGCAGGGCCCCCCCCCCCCCCCACCCCCCCCACCUCCCCCACCUCCCCCCCUCCCGGUCCCAGGGUGCCCCCCACCACCCCCACUACCUGGCCAGGACGGGGGCCUCCCUCCACCCCCACCCCUGCCGGGUCCCUCCGGCGCCUCUCCGGUGGGGGAGGAGAUCAUCGUGGCGCACGCGAUCCCGGCCCAGGGCUCUGCCCCGAUCCCCAGCCACCGGCGAGUCCUCGCUCCCGCCCUGCGCAUGAAGAAGCUCAACUGGCAGAAGCUGCCGUCCAGCGUGGCCCGAGAGCAGAGCUCCAUGUGGGCCUCGCUGAGCAGCCUGGGCGCCGAGGUCGUGGAGCCCGACUUCUCCAGCAUAGAGCGGCUCUUCUGCUUCCCCGAGGCCAAGCCCAAGGAACGCGUGGCCGCCCCCGCCAGGAAGGAGCCCAAGGAGAUCACCUUUCUGGACUCCAAGAAGAGCCUGAACCUCAACAUCUUCCUGAAGCAGUUUAAAUGCUCCAAUGAGGAUGUCACUGCCAUGAUUCGGGCUGGGGACACCACCAAAUUCGACGUGGAGGUUCUUAAGCAGUUCCUCAAACUCCUUCCCGAAAAGCAUGAGAUCGAAAACCUGCACUCGUUCACGGAGGACCGCGCCAAGCUGGCCAACGCCGACCAGUUCUACCUUCUCCUGCUGGGCAUUCCCUGCUACCAGCUGCGGGUGGAGUGCAUGCUGCUGUGUGAGGGCUCGGCCGUCGUGCUGGACAUGGUGCAGCCCAAGGCCCAGCUGGUGCUCGCGGCCUGCUGCAGCCUGCUUACCAGCCGCCGGCUGCCUGUCUUCUGCCAGCUGAUCCUGAAAAUUGGAAAUUUCCUCAACUAUGGCAGCCACACGGGGGACGCCGACGGCUUCAAGAUCAGCACGCUGCUGAAGCUCUCGGAGACCAAGUCCCAGCAGAGCCGCGUGACCCUGCUGCACCACGUGCUGGAGGAGGCAGAGAAGGGCCACCCAGAUCUCCUGCAGCUGUCCCAGGACCUGGAGCAGCCCUCCCAAGCAGCUGGGAUCAACCUUGAGCUCAUCCGUUCAGAGUCCAGCACCAACCUGAAGAAGCUUCUGGAGAUGGAGCGGAAGGUGUCGUCCUCCAUCCCCGAGGUGCAGGAGCAGUACGCCGGACGUCUCCAGGCCAGCAUCGAGGCCUCCCGGGCGCUGGAUGAGGUGUUCCAGGCCAUCGAGGAGAAGAAGUUAGAGCUGGCGCGGUACCUGUGCGAGGACGCGCAGCGGCUGUCCUUGGAGGACACGUUCAGCACCAUGAAGACCUUCCGGGACCUCUUCGUGCGUGCCUUAAAGGACAACAAGGACUGGAAGGAGCAGGCGGCGAAGGCCGAGAGUAGGAAGCGGCAGCUGGCUGAGGAGGAGGCCCGGAGGCCACGGGGCGAGGACGGGAAGCCUGUCAGGAGGGGAGUUGGGAAGCAGGAGGAAGUGUGUGUCAUCGACGCCCUGCUGGCGGACAUCAGGAAGGGCUUCCAGCUGCGGAAGACGGCCCGGGGCCGAGGGGACGCAGAGGGGGGCGGCAAGGCAGCUGCCACGGACCCACCAAGGGACAAGGCGCCUGCGGCCACCAGAGUUCCCGCAGGAGGCACCGGCGGCCCCGCCUCUGAGCCCCAGGGCUGGGAUCUCUACAACGCCACUGCCCCUAGCCCACAGCCCACUGCAGACCCGCCACAGGGGAAUGGGCCUGGAUCCAUAGAGAGGCGUUCUUCCUGGUACACAGACGUCAGCGACAUCCUGACCACCGAGGACCCCCAGAACCCCCAGCCUUGUCAGGGCGCCUGGCCAGUGGUGCUGGGCAGUGCGCAGGCCCUGAAACCUCUCAGGCUGUCUGGUGACAAGCCCCCUGGGGCCACGGGGUCAGGCCAAGAUGCCGAAGACCCCACAGCCCCUCAAGGCGUCUGCCGGGCUGAGGCCGACAGCACCGUGGAGGGGACGCAGGAGGCUGACCUCCCUGCCACAGGCCCUGGCGUGGCUGGGGACGGGGAUGGGGACCAGGAGGACACAGCAGCCCCAGAUUCUGCACUGGACACAUCCUUGGACAGGUCCUUCUCUGAGGACACAGUCACGGACUCUUCAGGGUCCGGCACUCUCCCCAGGGCCCGGGGACAGGCCUCAAAGAGGAUGGGCAAGCGGAGGAAGAAGCGUCCCUCGAGGAACCAGGAAGGCCUCAGCCUUAAGCCCAAAGCCAAGUGAGAGAGCUGCGGCCGGCCCCACCGCGGCGGGUCCCCGGAGGUACUGCCGAGCUGGGCCCCUCCAGGGCCAGGCUGGAACCGGGCCCCUGGGAAACCAAAACUCUGUGCCUUACCCUCCGGGGAGGGGGGCCUCCCAGAGCUGCUUGGGGUGCUCUGGCUGAGACCCUAGCAGGCCCCAGCGCCCAGCCUCCCGGCCCCCUCCCAGACAGCCUGCACGCGCCCAGCCCCGCGUGGCCCGCUUUCUGAACGCUGGUGCGCACACCCCGCAUGCCCCACGGCACUGCCCGCAGGGGUGAGGAGCCUCAGCUGCGUCCCCAGGGCGCCUCUCCGCCCUGCCCUGCCCUCCAGCCCCCUGGCGCUCGGAAGCUUCUGGAGAUGGGCCCUCACAGACCUCUCCCCACAGAGCCACGGGAGCCAGGCAGAGCUGGAGCCCCCACACCCCCGCCCACUGCCUCCUGACCGAGCCCCGGUGCCCUGCUCCCUGCGCCCAGUUCUGCCUCAGCCUACUUACCCGGGCUGGGGCAGGGCGGUUUCUGAGUUGGAUUGUUUCCGUAUCUGCUCUUCUGCGGUAGCUGAGCUGGGCAUAGGUGGGUGGAGGACCCCCGGGCCUGUGGCAGGGGCAGGCUGGCCGGCGCGGUCCCUCUGCCCAGCAAACAGGUGGGGGAUCCUGUGGAGCUGGCCCCACCCCUGUACGCCCAGCCCUUGCUGCCACCGGGCCUGGCCGCCUUGUCACCAGAAUGAUCGUCGCUGUGGCUAUGGCUGCUGCCACCUCCAGAGGGACUGGGCUCCACCCCUGCUAGGCUAAGAGGAGGAGAGGACCCAAGCCUGGGGGUGGCCAGCCCCCCCCCCCGCCCCACCCCUGCCCCAUGUCUGUGCUCCCGAGGCUGGCGUACGGAGA